CUUCCGGCUCCCCACUUCCGGUCCUUCCCUUUUGCCCUUCCGACAGAAAAAUUGGCAGAGCGAUCGCAUAGGGUAUUUCUGUUCCUGUUAGGGUCUGCCUCGCGGGAGGCGGUGAAGCUCCGGGGGCUGGGGCCACGCGGCCCCAAGGCGGCACCCUCGCUCAACCAUGGCCCGAAAUGCAGAAAAGGCCAUGACGGCCUUAGCAAGAUUUCGCCAAGCUCAGCUGGAAGAGGGAAAAGUGAAGGAACGAAGACCCUUCCUUGCCUCAGAAUGUACUGAGCUGCCCAAAGCUGAGAAGUGGAGACGACAAAUCAUUGGAGAAAUCUCAAAAAAAGUGGCUCAAAUUCAGAAUGCCGGUUUAGGCGAAUUCCGAAUUCGUGACCUGAAUGAUGAAAUUAACAAACUGCUAAGAGAGAAGGGACACUGGGAAGUCCGGAUAAAGGAGCUGGGAGGUCCUGAUUAUGGAAAAGUUGGCCCUAAAAUGCUGGAUCAUGAAGGGAAAGAAGUCCCAGGAAAUCGAGGUUACAAGUACUUUGGAGCAGCUAAAGAUUUGCCUGGUGUCAGAGAGCUUUUUGAAAAAGAGCCUCUUCCUCCUCCAAGAAAGACACGUGCAGAGCUCAUGAAAGCAAUUGAUUUUGAAUACUACGGUUACCUUGAUGAAGAUGAUGGUGUCAUCGUGCCUUUGGAACAGGACUAUGAGAAGAAAUUCAGGGCCGGGUUGGUGGAAAAGUGGAAAGCAGAGCGAGAGGCCCGGCUGGCGAGAGGAGAAAAGGAGGAGGAGGAGGAAGAGGAGGAAGAGAUCAACAUAUAUGCUGUCACUGAGGAGGAGUCUGAUGAGGAAGGCAGCCAGGAGAAAGGAGGUGAAGACGGGCAGCAGAAGUUCAUCGCCCACGUCCCAGUGCCAUCCCAGCAAGAGAUCGAGGAGGCCCUGGUACGGAGGAAGAAGAUGGAACUCCUCCAGAAGUAUGCUAGUGAGACCCUGCAGGCCCAGAGCGAAGAGGCCAAGAGACUUCUGGGCUACUAGGGCUGAGCUGAGACCUGCUCAGGGUCUGAAAAUCUGACAGAAGACCAUUAUCCCCCGGUGGCCCUUGGUGAGCCCACCGCACUCUGCUGUCCUGGGAUCGCAGACAGGCUGGCUAGUGCUUCGAGUCUUCCUGCUACUUCCCCUCCCUUUUUUAACCCCCCUCCCCUGAUCUGAAGGGAGGGGCUGCCUGGGCCUCCCUGGCAGGCUGUCUGCGUGCCGAACCCGUUCAGCUGUCACUUUUGUACAAAUGUUUUGCUAUUAUAGGAACCCACUUAUUUUUAUCCGGAGUGUGUAAAACAGGCUGCUCACAGACGGCCUGUGUUUUACUUAGCUUUCAACUGUCAUAGCUGGGGAGGGACGUCAAUUUAUGACUGCCAUUAAAAAGAUGCAGUUUUUCCUAAAAAGACGUAUUGCUACCUCCUCUUGAAAAAUGACAAAAUGUGUCAACCCUGGGCCCAUAGUCACAUGUCAGUCGCCAGCCAGGGCUGUUCCUUUUGGGUCAGGUUCUGCCCCCAGUUGUCUGUGGCCCACUCAGCCUGCCUCCUUCCCUUCUGCCCAGGGGGCAGGAGUUUCAGUUCGUUACUUCUGUCUUACGACUCUUUCAGAAGAGAGCUAUUUUUAUUAAAGAUUUUUAUAUGAAAGGGAAA